AUGCUCUUAUGCUUUGCCGACCCUGAACUCUGUACGGACACAAUCACUGCUCUGUCGCUCCAAUGCACUGUGUCUCUGGCCGAGCUUGUGGACAUUGUCCGAAUUCAUCCGCGUCUCACCUCUCUUGGCAUUGGAUCUCUGUUUCCGCUAUCGCACUACGAUGGACAAUCUCGUCGGAUGAGCCAAUGGUUCGAUGACGACCACGACGAAGACUCGGUCCAGUUAGCUCGCCAGUUGAAGCAAUACCUAUGCAACUCCUCAAUGACAGAGCUAUCACUACUAUCAACGCCCGUUCCGACGACAAAGUACCGCUGCAAUUUCUGCUCGAGACGAUUCCAGCCUCCAGAGAUCACUGACGCAUCCUUUGAGGAGUCCUAUCACUUCAGCAACAUCUGGAACGAUAUACUGUGGACAAUGUUCGACCAGACACCAAACACUGGCAUCCGGCAUCUGGAGAUGGACCAAUCGCUCUAUACUUUGGUUGAUCGAGAGUUCUACGAUCUUCUGCGUCAAUCCAUGCACUCGCUCUGCUUCAUUGCUCUUCAUGGAGUGAGAGAUAGCGAGCUUCAGUCGCUGGCGCGACUCAUUGGACAUUCGACCAACACCAAUCUGCGUUCGUAG